GGUGAGAGGCUUCCGCGGGAUUCGCCUCGGAAUUGGGGCGUUGAAAGGGUGAGUUAUCUGGGGUGUCGCCCCCCUAACCCGCCUCGGGAGCCUCUUCCUCAUCUGGAGUGGAAGGGUUUCUCCGGGUCGGGACUUCGGCGGGGGAUAUGGAGGAGGAGGUGGCGCAUGCGUCUGAGGUCGGCCCCUUCUGCCCUGGCCGGUCUCCUAGGAGACGCUCGAGGGUCUGCGGUGGGGCUGGAGAACGGGGUACAAAGGGCACAGUUGUGAGCCAGAGGCCGGGACCCGAAUGCGGAGCACAGGCCUUUGGGGGAGUCCAGGCCCAGGCGUAGGCAGUGGGAACCUUGCCGGCUUUGGAGGCCCUCAGCUAGAACCAUAACUAAUAAAGAAAAUGAAGAUGCGUGAAAACGAAACAUGGCAUCCCCCAAAGUGCCGAAAAUGAGACAGAAGGAAGUAUUAACCAAAACCUUCCAAGCCCCCGCUGUUGUCUGCAGUUCUACAAAUAGUCAUAUUUACAUGUUUAAAAAUGACAAUUCAGACUCAGAUGAACUGUCUGAAGAGGAACUAAAUGUGGAAUUACGACCACGAGGAAAGGAACGACAGAGGAAUGCUCCAAGAGAGAGAGUAGGGGAUGUGGUAUUGCUAGAACGAGAACUUGCCGAAGAUGAUAACCUUAACAAACUUGCUCUUCAGUAUGGUUGUAAAGUUGCAGACAUCAAGAAAGUAAACAACUUUAUCAGAGAACAAGACUUAUAUGCUUUGAAAUCUAUAAAGAUUCCAGUGAAGAAUUACAGCAUCUUAACAGAGACAAGCAAGGAAUUAAAAGCUCCCCAAACUAUAUCUUCCGAGCCUAGAUUGACGUUUGUUGAGUUGCCAGACUCAGAUAAUACAGCUGCAGGAAGUAACUGUGCAAAAUCCAACCAACUGACAGAUUUUUUUAAGGGGAUUGAUCAAGAUAUUGAAAGUGCAGUACAAUCAGAAAUCUAUUUAAAUCAAGAUUAUUGCAUAGAAACCCCAAACCAACCUUUGCUUCCACUUAGUCAGAAGACUCUAAUGAAUGGUGCCGACUGUGGAAUUCAGUGGUGGAAUGCUGUUUUUAUCAUGCUUCUAAUUGGAAUUAUUUUACCAGUGUUUUAUGUGGUCUAUUUUAAAAUCCAAGGCUCUGGAGAAACCACUAGUAGCUUAAAUACAACUAUAAUUCCUAAUGGCUCAAUAUCAACCAAUUCAAUUCCUGGCAAAGCCCCAGAACUAGAGAUUCAUUUGAAGACUACAACUUCUUCAGACAACUUCAGAUGAAUAGGAAACUAAGCAUCUCUCUUCUUUAGAAAGAAAUGAAUCUGGGGCUCAUCUUCAGCAACUGGGUUUCUCACUGGGCAUGUGCAGAUAACUUCAUAUACAAGUAAACAAAAUGAGCUUUCAGAUGCAUAAUGGAGAACUAUGGCCAUUUAUUUGGGUUUUGUAAAAGAGGCCAGGACAGAUUAUCUGGCCAUAGGUAUCUUUUUCUCAGGUACAGUCAUACAUAGGAAACCAAUUUUUUAGGUCACCUUAUUCCUUGGAAAACUAAGUUUAAAGCUAAGUUACUUACAUGGAUUCCCAUGUUAGCUUAUAAUAAUUAAAUAUUUUCUGAAUGUGUCACCCUCUUCUGAAAGGCUUUUCCCCUUAAUUACAAACAAAAUUGGUAUAUAACAAAGGAGAUUGUGUAGUGAAAUAGAACUAGCUUCAAGUUCUACCUCUGUUCAAAAAUGGAUAUUUUUAAUGGUAAAUGCUAGUACUUAAUAAUAGAAAUAGUAUUAAGAUGUUACUUUUGUGUUGAUCAUCCUUGAUAACCAAAUGAGUGACCUGAUAGCGUGUUGCUGUAGCAAAAACCUUUUUAUUCCAUCUGUGUGGGUAAAAGUAAUAUAGUAAUAUGGAAGUGUAUAUGGUAGCAAUUAAUCCAUUUGAGUUAUAUUGCUUCUCAUUCUAAACUUAAUGGGCUUUCUUUUGAGAACCAAAGCUAAUUAAAUUAUUGUACCAAUUCCAUCUAGUUGUUAUGUAUCUUGAGAACUGAUUACAGUUUGGUAUUUGGGGGCAAUGAUAGUAAAAGGCCUGUUGUAUCUAAAAUUUUUAGGAUUAGUUAUUUGUAUCUGGUAUCCAAUGACUUAUACUGGUAAACAUAACAUAUGUAAAGAGCUAAGCAUUUGGGGGAAUAUAUAAUUAGUAUUAAUACUUGGACAAAGUUAAUUUUUGGAUUUUGGAUACUUGGACAAAAUAUACCAUAGAGUAACCCCAAUAUUUGAUCUACUUUUAAUGGGAAAGAAAAACAUCAAAAUUGUGGCAUUCACUUCACACUUGUUUAAUUAUGUGUCUUUUGUGACAUGCCCUGGGCACAUAUAUAUAUAUAUAUAUAUAUAUAUAUAUAUAUAUAUGUUAUAUAUAUAUAUUUUAAGUGUAAAUAUAAAAACAGCUUUAAACUUAUUUUCAUAUUUGAGGGUAUUUUUUGUUACUUGCAUGUUCACAUAAUUUUAAAACCGAAUUUUCCUACCCCCACCACAGUGUUGGAAAUCUUUAAUUCUCUUUUACAGAUAGUGUUAUUAUCAAACACUGGGUUAUACGACUCUUUGUUAACCACUGUUCAAUUUCAUCUGAGAAUUUGAAGUAGAUUCCAAUUACACAAAAAUUUUUGUUAAAUUACAUAAUUAACUUUGAAACCAUUUUAUUGAUUGGGGUAUAGGGAGUAUUGAAAAAAAAUCUUCCUUGUAAAUCAGCUGGUAUUGCCCUUCCGUGGCUUUUGAAACUAGUGAAUCCAAUACCAAGAUCUUUUACCUAUGUUUGGUGUACUUGUCCAUAUGGAUAAGGGAAGGUGAAAGAAUUUAACUCCUUUCUUUAACUUCUUUUUAAAAUGCUUUCCUGUAAGGAAUGCAUUGUCCAGUCCUGCAGAUGUUGAGUUGUGCUAAUACAUUUUCAAAUAAAUGAAGGUAGUAUAAUCCUAAGUAAAUAUUAAGAAUUCAAACCUUUAGUAUGACUACUGCCAUUAAAAGGGUAUUGAAAAAGUGUCAUUUAAAAUAAGUCAAUCUCCAUUCUCUCCUUGUAAAACUUAACAUUUUGCCUGGUGUUCAUUGCACCCUCCCUUCCUUUCUUUGUCACUCAUCCAUCCUUCCUACUGUUAGUAUCAGAUGCUUGGGAUACAGCUGCCAUCAUGAUAACAGGCCUUUUCUCUCACCUACUAUCUAGUGCCAUGGGUGGAACUUGAUAUGAUUACUUUGAAGCAGUCUUGAGAGAUUUGGGAAAGCAGUUGAGAGUAUAGGAGGGAACUCACAAGCAUAAAUGUUGUGGUUAUUAGAAUCAUUGCCAUUCCCAACAUAUUGAUCCUAUUUGGUAGAACCAUAAAAAGAGUCUUGAAGGUCAAUAUAUAUGGUGUGUAGAGUCAAGGCAAAACAACCUGAAAUGUUGACUGUGUGCAUGAGUUUGACACCUUGUGUUGGUGUAUCUUCUUUCCAGUUUACUAGUGUUAGAAAGAAUACAGUUAUUUUGUCCAAAAGGUCUGAGAUAGAGUUAUGAGAAUAAUUGAGAUUCCCUUUAUCCUUUUUGGUGUGAGAGAUUCUUGUGGAAUUAUAGUGAUAUCCUGUUUUCCUGACAAAUUAAAUUGUGCUUUCAUUUGGUGAAAUUCUUUUCAAGGUAGAAUGAAGAGAACACAAAAACUUAUAAUAAAUGGCUUCAUUUUAUUUAACUAUAGAGCCAAAUAUUUUAGCAUGCUAUACGAAUAGGAUAUAAUUUUCUGGUUUCUGUAUUGCUUGUCCUUGUGAAUACAUUAGGAAAGGUUCAGAGUUCUUAUGGGAAUUCACUUUUGCCAAAUAAAGACUGCUCUAUGGCUUUGAUUUUCACAAAUGGCAUGCCAUGACUUCUAUGAGGGAAAGUUGGUUGUAUCACUUCUCCACACUCUCCCCACCCUCGUUUUUUUGAAGGUUGAAAUGUCAAAGCUAAAAAAGUCACUAAAAGAACACAGAAAAAUGAUGGAAAUGGUCAUUGAUGCUGCAUCUCCAAGGACAUGUAUCCUACAAACUUGUCUGUAAACUUCUCAUUGUCUCCAUAUAUGAGAUCUUUGGUGUGUUAAAUGCAGUAAUGGGGUGUAGCCUUCAGGACCUUGUUUUUUCUCUUCUAAUUGGUUGUGGCUUAUAUUGGUGUUGAAACACCUUGCAAAGUAUGCAUAAAAUACUCUUAUUUGGUACUAGUAGUGUAUGAAAUAUAGAACAUUUUCUACCCAAGCAAACAUAUUUGUGUAUUAGUGAUAUUAAAUUUCAGUGCCUUCCGAAACUUUUAUUCAGAGUACUUUUUAAAAAAUUUUCAUAGCAUCUAUAGUUAAGGAAUUCCAGUGCUGUGCUUUAUGUGAAACUAAUUAAUCCUCAACCUUAUCAAGAAGAUGUUAUUCCUCUUUAAUAGAUGGAGAAACAAAGCAGCAUAAGCCCAAGUUACUAAGCUAAGAUCACACUGCAGCCCAUAGCAAAGCUGAGAACUGAGACUUAAGCUUUUUAGGUCUCUUACUACCCAAUCCAGAAGCCAUACUACCUCAGAAAGAAGGUAUUUUUAAAAAGGAAUUUUGCACUUUAUUGUGUUGUAAAGAUUGCUCUUGUUUGAAUAAAACAAAAUUUGAAACAAAA